CCUGUGUCAGGUAUUAGCGUGCAGCUCCGCCUCCCCUUCACACACACACGCGUAGCUGAGUGCACACGAACAUGCACACGCGCGCGUGGUGUGGCAUUCCUUUUUUUUGAAAACCUUAUGCGUAUCCAUACAAUUAUAAACAAGAGCGAAGAUAUACGCAAGUGAAGUGUGCUUGCUGGACGGUGCUUUGGUGAAAGAAUAAGUCUACUCUUUAGUAAAGCGCGGGGAUUGUCUCUAUCGCUACCACCACCAUCAUCACUAUAACCACCACCAUCACCACAACCACCAUCAAGAGGCUACGAGCAACACACAGGCACCACGACCCAGCAGUGAUUGUAAACAGUGAACAUGUCGGCCGGACUUGACAACUUUGGCUACCAGAAGGAGAAUGGCGAGGUGGUCAUUCCGGUGGAGAAGUCGUGGGUGGCGGGGGAGGAGCGACUCACCUACUCCUGGGAGAAGGUCAAUGUCUUCGCCUCCACCUCCAAGGGCUUCGGCAAGAAGAAGGUCACCCAGGAGAAACACAUUCUUAAAGAUGUGGCAGGGAUCUGUCGUCCUGGGGAGCUGCUGGCCAUCAUGGGCGCCUCAGGGGCCGGCAAGACCACUCUCCUCAGCGUCCUCACCUUCAGGAGCGACCAGGCCCUCAAGGUCACAGGGUCGCUGUACGUGAACGGUCAGCGCGUGUCACCGGAGGUGCUGACGAGGAGGUCAGCGUACGUGCAGCAGGAGGACCUCUUUAUCGGCACCUUCACCGUCAGGGAGCAGCUCCUCUUCCAGGCACAGCUGAGGAUGGACCGCUCCAUCCCCCAGGCGCAGAGAGUGUUGAGAGUCGAGGAGGUCAUGCAGGAGCUGAGUCUGGUGAAGUGCGCCAAGACGAUGAUCGGUGUGCCGGGGCGGCUGAAGGGCAUCUCCGGAGGGGAGACCAAGAGGCUCGCCUUCGCCUGUGAGGUGUUAACGAACCCGGCGAUAAUGUUCCUGGACGAGCCCACCUCCGGCCUCGACUCCUUCAUGGCGCAGAACGUCGUCCAGGCCUUGAGAGGGCUGGCGAGCAAGGGCAAGACUGUCAUUACUACCAUCCACCAGCCUAGCUCGGAGGUGUUUGCGCUGUUUGACCGCGUGCUCCUGAUGGGGGAGGGACGAGUGGCCUUCCUGGGCUCCACCUCAGAGGCACUCCACUUCUUUUCUGGGCUAGGAAGGCACUGUCCCAAGACCUACAAUCCGGCGGAUUUCUUCAUCUCGGUGCUGGCCAUCGAGCCCGACAACGAAGCCGAGUGCCGCAAGUUCGUACAGAGCACCUGCGACGCCUUCGUCAACAGUAGCGCCGGACUCCAAGUCUCUAAUCUAGUCGCCGAAAAUAAGAAUUCUCUCUCGAAUGGCACCGCCGUUUCCUCCAGCCACGUCAAGGUGGGCAAGUCGCUGUACAAGGCGGGGUGGGCGGAACAGUUCGCUGCCGUCCUCGUAAGGUCGGCGCUGGCCAACUACCGGGAGCCCAUGGUCCUCAGGAUCAAGGCCAUACAGACCAUUUUACUCUCCGUACUGAUCGGCAUCAUCUACCUGAACCAAGAGGUCACCCAGGACGGCGUCACUAACAUCAACGGCGCCAUCUUCCUCCUGCUGACGCAAAUGAGCUUCACUAACACCUUCGGCGUAGUUAACGCGUUCUGCGCAGAGCUGCCCGUGUUCCUGCGCGAGCAUUUCAACGGCAUGUACCGCACAGACGUCUACUACCUGUGCAAGAACCUGGCCGAGCUGCCCAUUGCUCUCCUCCAGCCCGCCGUCUUCACCGCCAUCACCUACUACAUGAUCGGACUCGAGCCUCCCGCCCAAAACUUCUUCAUUUGCAUGGCCAUCCUCAUGCUGGUGGCCAACUCUGCUAUUUCUUUCGGGUACAUGGUGUCGUGUCUGGCCACGAGCGUCCCAAUGGCCCUGGCCAUCUCCGCUCCUCUCCUGAUUCCUCUCAUGCUCUUUGGUGGAUUCUUCCUCAAUGCUGAAUCGGUACCCGUAUACUUCGUAUGGAUCAAGUACAUCUCGUGGUUCAACUAUGGCAACGAGGCGUUGAUGAUCAAUCAGUGGUCCGAUAUUGACAAUAUACCGUGUGAGAAAAACAACACACUCUGUUAUCACACAGGACUGGAUGUCAUCGAGAGACUUGGAUACAACAAGGACAACUUGGGGCUGGACAUUGGUCUCCUGUUCGCUCUGAUCAUCGGGUUCCGCUUCAUAGGCUACCUCCUGCUACUGCUCAGGACCAAGCGGAAGGCGGUGAAACCAUAUGAAUAGGAGAUACCGCUUCAUAAGUACACCAACAUGUAUAAACAAGCAUAGAGCUUUAUCUGCAUACAUAAUCUCCCACGUGAGUCUUUACCCGCAAAUAUAAUCCUGCAUGAGACUGCCUGCUCCCGCAUUUAUAAGCCCGGCGCUUGAAAACUCGCAGCAUGUGUAGCCACAGUAAAGUUUCACCCGCAUGUAUAAACCUGCAUGAGUUCUCGCGUAUGUAGGAACCCGAAUGUGGCUUUGCAUGAGCGUUCAUCUCCAUAUAUAAUCCCACAUGAACCUUCACUAGGGAGUAUAAACCAGUAAGAGGAUUCGCCUACAUGUAUAACCCCGCACGAGUGAUCAUCUCAGAUUUCACUUUGGUGUAUAAUCCUGCAUGUAUAAUCCCGACUUAAAGCUAAACUAUUCUAUGUUUUUUCAUAAUAAAAUUUUAACGAACAUCUUUUGCUAAUGUUUAUUUUAAUGUAAAUAAAUUAUUAUUCGAGAGAA